AUGGGAAUGGCAGGUAACACUAGUCCCUUUGGGCAGCCUUUCAGUCAAACUGGAGGGCAGCAGAUGGGAGCUACGGGAGUGAAUCCUCAGUUACCAAACAAGCCAGGCAUGGCGAAUAGUUUGUCUCCCUUUCCUGCCGACAUCAAGAGUACUCCCGUCACCAGUGUGCCAAAUAUGUCCCAGAUGCAAACCCAGGUACAGCAAGUGGGGAUCGUACCGACGCAGGCAAUGGCAACUGGACCAACAGCAGAUCCGGAGAAGCGCAAACUGAUCCAGCAGCAGUUGGUUUUGCUGCUUCACGCUCACAAAUGUCAGAGGCGUGAGCAAGCAAAUGGAGAGGUGCGGGCCUGUGCUCUCCCGCACUGUCGAACCAUGAAAAACGUCCUCAACCACAUGACACACUGUCAAGCUGGGAAGGCCUGUCAAGUUGCUCAUUGUGCAUCUUCAAGACAAAUCAUCUCCCACUGGAAGAAUUGUACUCGGCACGACUGUCCUGUGUGCCUUCCUUUGAAAAACGCCAGUGACAAAAGAAAUCAACAACCCCUUUUAGGGUCUCCAGCUGGUGGAAUCCAAAAUUCCAUCGGUUCUGUUGGCACAGGCCAGCAGAAUACUCCGUCGCUAAGUAAUCCUAAUCCGAUUGACCCCAGCUCCAUGCAGCGAGCCUACGCUGCUCUUGGACUGCCGUAUGGCAACCAGCCUCAAACGCAGUUGCAGCCCCAGGUACAAGGCCAACAGCCGGCACAGCCUCAGGCUCACCAGCAAAUGAGGACCAUUAAUGCAUUGGGAGCCAACCAGAUGAACCUUCCCGCAGGAGGAAUAACAACAGACCAGCAAGCUAGUCUAAUUUCUGAAACUGCUCUUCCAACAUCCCUUGGGACAAAUAACCCACUAAUGAAUGAUGGCACAAAUUCUGGCAAUGUUGGAAACCUCAGCUCAAUGCCAACAGCUGCACCUCCUUCUAGUACCGGGGUAAGGAAAGCAUGGCAUGAACAUGUCACUCAGGACCUGCGCAAUCAUUUAGUGCAUAAACUUGUCCAAGCCAUCUUCCCCACUCCUGACCCGGCAGCACUGAAGGAUCGCCGCAUGGAGAACUUGGUGGCUUAUGCCAGGAAAGUGGAAGGAGAUAUGUAUGAAUCUGCUAACAGUAGGGAUGAAUACUAUCAUUUAUUAGCAGAGAAAAUCUAUAAGAUACAAAAGGAGCUAGAAGAGAAACGGAGGUCUCGUCUACAUAAACAAGGGAUGUUGGGGAAUCAGCCAGCCUUACAGACCCCAGGACCUCAGCCCCCUGGUAUCCCACAGGUGGCUGCUGCCAUGGGCCAGGCACAGCCCGUGAGGCCGCCCAAUGGGCCUAUGUCCAUGCCAACCGUGCCUAUAAGUCGUAUGCAGGUUUCUCAAGGAAUGAAUCAGUUUAACCCCAUGUCCAUAGGGAAUGUACAGAUGCCACAGGCACCCAUGGGACCCCGUGCAGCUUCUCCAAUGAACCAUCCUGUACAAAUGAACAACAUGGGCGCUGUUCCUGCGAUGGCAAUGUCUCCUUCUCGAAUGCCUCAGCCGCAGAACAUGAUGGGAGCUCAUUCCAACAACAUGAUGGGUCAGGCUCCUACCCAGAACCAAUUCCUGCCGCAGAAUCAGUUUCCAGCAUCCAGUGGGGCUAUGAAUGUGAACAAUGUGGGCAUGGGUCAAUCAACAGCCCAGGCCGGGGUGGCACAGCAGGGGCAGGUUCCCAGUGCUGCUCUUCCCAACUCCAUGAACAUGCUAGGACCGCAGAGUGGGCAGUUACCAUGUCCACCAGUGACCCAGCCACCUCUACAUCAGACUACACCUCCUGUGUCCACUGCUGCUGGGAUGCCACCUAUUCAGCACCAAACACCAACUGGAAUGACUCCUCCUCAGCCAGCAGCACCCACUCAGCCAUCGACACCGGUCUCAUCUUCAGGACAAACACCAACACCGACACCGGGUUCGGUUCCAAACGCGACACAGACACAAAGCACACCUACAGGGCAGACUGCGGCACAGGCUCAAGUCACACCGCAACCUCAGACCCCAGUUCAACCCCAGUCUGUGCCAACCCCACAACCAUCUCAGCAACAGCCAACAUCUGUGCAGGCACAGCCACCUGGCACUCCCCUAUCCCAGGCAGCAGCUAGUAUUGAUAACAGGGUCCCCACCCCUGCCUCAGUUGCUAGUGCUGAUACGAAUUCCCAGCAACUAGGACCAGAUGCACCAAUGCUAGAAAGCAAAUCAGAAGUUAAAACUGAAGAAACUGAGCCAGAGACUAGUGAGACACAAGUGGAAGCUAAGACUGAGGUGGAGGAGGAUUUACAAGGAUCUUCACAAACAAAAGAAGAAACAGAUGGAACAGAACUGAAACAGGAGCCAAUGGAAAUAGAAGAAAAGAAGCCUGAAAUAAAAGUAGAUGCUAAAGAGGAAGAGGAGAGCGGCACUAAUGGAACCACUUCACAAUCCACAUCGCCAUCUCAGCCCCGCAAAAAAAUUUUCAAACCUGAGGAGCUGCGCCAGGCUCUCAUGCCUACCCUUGAAGCUUUGUACCGGCAAGACCCAGAGUCUCUACCUUUUAGACAGCCUGUGGAUCCCCAGCUUUUAGGGAUUCCGGACUACUUCGACAUUGUGAAGAAUCCUAUGGAUCUUUCAACCAUUAAACGUAAAUUGGAUACUGGGCAGUACCAAGAACCCUGGCAAUACGUGGACGAUGUUUGGCUAAUGUUUAACAAUGCCUGGCUUUACAAUCGCAAGACUUCCAGGGUCUAUAAGUUUUGCACUAAACUUGCAGAGGUGUUUGAACAAGAAAUUGAUCCUGUUAUGCAAUCACUUGGCUACUGUUGUGGGCGCAAGUAUGAGUUUUCUCCACAGACCUUGUGCUGCUACGGCAAGCAGUUGUGUACUAUUCCUCGUGAUGCUGCCUACUACAGUUACCAGAAUAGGUAUCACUUCUGUGAGAAGUGUUUCACUGAAAUCCAGGGGGAGAAUGUCACCCUGGGUGAUGACCCUUCCCAGCCUCAAACAACCAUCUCUAAGGAUCAGUUUGAAAAGAAGAAAAAUGAUACACUAGAUCCAGAGCCGUUUGUUGACUGCAAAGAGUGUGGUCGGAAGAUGCACCAGAUUUGUGUAUUACAUUAUGAUAUUAUUUGGCCUUCAGGGUUUGUCUGUGAUAAUUGUCUGAAGAAAACUGGCAGAACACGCAAAGAAAACAAAUUCAGUGCUAAAAGGCUACAGACUACGCGUUUAGGAAACCAUUUGGAAGAUAGAGUAAACAAAUUUUUGCGGCGACAGAAUCAUCCUGAAGCUGGAGAGGUCUUUGUUAGAGUAGUAGCAAGUUCAGAUAAGACAGUAGAAGUUAAACCAGGAAUGAAAUCCAGAUUUGUGGAUUCUGGUGAGAUGUCAGAAUCUUUCCCUUACCGUACCAAAGCUCUGUUUGCAUUUGAGGAGAUAGACGGAGUAGAUGUGUGCUUCUUUGGCAUGCAUGUACAGGAGUAUGGCUCGGAUUGCCCCCCUCCUAAUACAAGGCGUGUGUACAUAUCAUAUCUGGAUAGUAUUCAUUUCUUCCGCCCCCGUUGUCUCCGAACUGCAGUUUAUCAUGAAAUCCUCAUCGGAUAUUUGGAGUACGUGAAAAAACUUGGGUAUGUGACAGGACACAUCUGGGCCUGUCCCCCAAGUGAAGGAGAUGACUAUAUUUUUCAUUGCCAUCCGCCUGAUCAGAAAAUACCCAAACCCAAACGUUUGCAAGAAUGGUAUAAGAAGAUGCUGGAUAAAGCAUUUGCUGAGAGAAUCAUUCAUGACUACAAGGACAUCUUCAAACAAGCAACUGAGGACAGGCUGACAAGUGCCAAGGAGCUGCCUUACUUUGAAGGUGAUUUCUGGCCCAAUGUGCUGGAAGAAAGCAUUAAGGAGCUGGAGCAGGAGGAGGAGGAAAGGAAGAAGGAAGAAAGCACUGCAGCUAGUGAAACAACAGAGGGAAGCCAGGGCGACAGCAAAAACGCCAAGAAAAAGAACAACAAAAAAACUAACAAGAAUAAGAGUAGCAUCAGCAGAGCUAACAAGAAGAAACCCAGCAUGCCAAAUGUGUCCAAUGAUCUGUCUCAGAAGCUGUAUGCCACUAUGGAGAAGCAUAAAGAGGUCUUUUUUGUGAUUCAUUUACAUGCUGGGCCUGUAAUUAACACUCUGCCUCCCAUUGUGGACCCUGAUCCAUUACUUAGCUGUGAUUUGAUGGAUGGGCGAGAUGCCUUCCUCACCUUAGCCAGAGAUAAGCACUGGGAGUUCUCCUCACUACGCCGAUCCAAGUGGUCCACGCUCUGCAUGCUGGUAGAACUACAUACUCAAGGGCAGGAUCGCUUUGUCUAUACGUGCAAUGAGUGCAAACAUCAUGUGGAAACAAGGUGGCAUUGCACUGUCUGUGAGGACUACGACCUCUGCAUUAACUGCUACAACACUAAGAGCCAUGACCACAAGAUGGUUAAGUGGGGCCUGGGUCUGGAUGAUGAGAGUAACAGCCAAGGAGAGCAACAGUCAAAGAGCCCCCAGGAGUCACGACGACUGAGCAUCCAGCGCUGCAUUCAGUCCCUUGUCCAUGCCUGUCAGUGCCGCAAUGCAAACUGCUCAUUGCCAUCCUGCCAGAAGAUGAAACGGGUUGUCCAGCACACCAAGGGCUGCAAGCGCAAGACCAACGGUGGCUGUCCGGUGUGCAAACAGCUCAUAGCUCUUUGCUGCUACCAUGCCAAACACUGCCAAGAGAACAAAUGCCCUGUGCCAUUCUGUCUCAAUAUCAAACACAAACUUCGACAGCAGCAGAUCCAGCAUCGCCUGCAGCAGGCUCAGCUCAUGCGCAGAAGGAUGGCUACCAUGAACACCCGAAACGUGCCUCAGCAAAGUUUGCCUUCUCCUACCUCAGCAACGCCUGGUACCCCUACGCAGCAGCCAAGUACACCGCAAACGCCACAGCCUCCUCCCCAGCCCCAGCCUUCCCCUGUAAGUAUGUCACCGGCUGGCUUUCCCAGUGUGUCAAGAACUCAGCCCCCUACUACUGUUUCAACAGGAAAACCUGCAAACCCGGUUUCUGCACCUCCACCUCCGGCUCAGCCUCCGCCAGCCGCAGUGGAAGCAGCUCGGCAGAUUGAGAGAGAAGCUGCCCAGCAGCAACAGCAGCUCUACAGGGUCAACAACAUUAACAAUGGUUUGCCUCCUGGUCGCCCAGGACUAGUAAACCCGACGGUCGGUUCAGUGAACCAGAUGCAGCAAGUCAGCAUGAAUGUACCCCGGCCCAACCCUGUAAGUGGUCCAGUGAUGUCCAACAUGCAGCCUGGACAAUGGCAGUCACCUCCAAUGCCGCAGCAGCAACCAAUGCAGCCAGGAAUGGCGAGACCAGUUAUGCCAAUGGCGACGCCACAAGCAGUGGCUGGGCCAAGGAUGCCGGGUGUGCAGCAGCCGCCACGGAGCAUCCCCCCGAAUGCCCUUCAGGACUUACUGAGGACCUUGAAAUCGCCAAGUUCUCCGCAGCAGCAACAGCAGGUUCUUAAUAUCCUCAAAUCCAACCCUCAGCUUAUGGCAGCUUUUAUAAAGCAAAGAACAGCCAAAUAUGUGGCUAACCAGCCUGGGAUGCAGCCGCAAGCAGGCAUACAGCCCCAGCCUGGGAUGCAGCAGCCGCAGACUGGCAUGCAACAGCCAGGCAUGCACGCUCAAGCAGGGUUGCAGAACAUGAACGCGAUGCAAGCAGGAGUGCAGAGACCGAGCGUUCCGCCCCAGCAGCAAGGGAUAGGAGCUAUGAAUCCCCAGGGACAAGCGAUAAACAUUAUGAACCCCGGCCACAACCCUAGCAUGGCAAACAUGAGUCCGCAGUACCGAGAAAUACUGAGGCGGCAAUUACUGCAGCAGCAGCAGCAACAGCAGCAGCAGCAGCAAGGAGGGGCUGGCAUGGCAGGAGGGAUGGCAGGACAUAACCAGUUCCAGCAGCCUCAAGGACCAGGAGGUUACCCUCAAGCCAUGCAGCAGCAGCGGAUGCAGCAGCAUAUAUCGAUACAGGGGGGGUCCAUGGGACAGAUGGCUCAGAUGGGACAGCUGAACCAGAUGGGCCAGCCCGGCAUGGGCGCAGACGGCACUCCCAACAUCCAGCAAGCACUGCAGCAGCGGAUCCUGCAACAGCAGCAGAUGAAACAGCAGAUAGGGUCCCCCGGCCAGCCUAACCCCAUGAGCCCACAGCAGCACAUGCUCUCAGGACAACCGCAGGCAUCUCAUCUCCCUGGCCAGCAGAUCGCCACCUCCCUCAGCAACCAGGUGCGGUCCCCAGCACCCGUUCAGUCUCCCCGUCCCCAGUCCCAGCCACCACAUUCCAGCCCGUCACCCAGGAUACAGCCCCAACCGUCACCUCACCACGUCUCUCCCCAGACUGGUUCCCCCCACCCAGGACUCGCAGUUACUAUGGCUAGCUCCAUGGAUCAGGGACACUUGGGCAACCCAGAACAGAGUGCAAUGCUUCCACAACUAAACACCCCGAACAGGAGUGCGUUGUCUAACGAAUUGUCUCUGGUUGGUGACACCACCGGGGACACAUUAGAAAAAUUUGUGGAGGGUUUGUAGCAUUAUGGGAGCAUCACUUUUUUUUUUUUCCUUUCGUGUUCUUGGACAUUUUGUACUGAAAAUUCAGACAUCUGGGUUGUUUUGAAUCCUAGAUGGAACUGCUGCUUCCUACACAUGGAAGAAUGAAUUGCUGUUUAAAAAAAAAAAAAAAAAAAAACCAAUACAAAGAAUAUAUUUUUUUGUUAAAGCCAGGCGGUUAAAAUAUCUGGUCUCUUUUGUGGGUUUUUUUGGUUUUUAUUUUUUUGUUGCUGUUGACUCAUACCUUUUUUUUAAUGGGGAAAACAAGUUCAUUAUAUUCAUAUUUUUUAUUUGUAUUUUCAAGACUUUAAACAUUUGCGUUUAAAAGAAGAAAAAAUAAUAUUCAGAAACUGUUUCCUGAAAUAAUGCAACAUUAUAAUGUAUCCCGGUAACUUUGACACGUUGCGGGAAGAUUUUUUUUCUAUAGUGAACUCUGCAGGCGUUUGAAGUA